GGACGGACGGACGGCGGCGCCCGGGCGGUGACUGCGCGUCCGUCCGGCCGCAUCAGGAAACUCAACACCGGCGCGGGGGGGACAAAGGCUGCGCUGUCCCCUCCUGCGGCGCGGCUAUAAAACCUCCUGAGAACUCCCCAAACCUCCCGAACCCCUCGAAACCUCCCGGGGGCCACGACCUGCCCACAGCCAGGGGCCCCGGGCUAGUGGCGUGUCCAGUGCCAUGGCCGCGGCCGAGGUGCCCGAGACGACAGAGCCGACCGAGCUGACCGAGCUGGAGGCGGCCAUCGAGCACAUCGUCACCGUGUUUGUCACCUUCGCCGCCAAGGAGGGCAAGAAGGGGACGCUGACGGCCGGAGAGUUCAAGGAGUUGGUGCGGCUCCAGCUGCCCAACCUGAUGAAGUGGCCGAGCCUCCCUGGCGGGUGCUGCCCGCAGGACGUGCCCUCCCUGGAGGAGAAGAUGAGCGAGCUGGACGUGAACAACGACGAGGAGCUGAGAUUUGGCGAGUACUGGCGGCUGAUUGGGGAGCUGGCCAAAGCCGUGCGGAGGGACAAAGCGGGGAAGAAGUGACGGGGCCACUGCGGGGACUCGGCCGACGUGCGGCAAAUAAAAGAGGUUUCCCUGA